CGGAAUAAGGCGAAGCUGAUAUACCACGGGCGCUCUGAAGCAGAACAACUUUUAGAAACAUCGAACGGCACAAGUUCUCCUGAAUCUGAGCACCAUGGCAUCGGUCCCCAGCAGCCAAGUCAAAUGCAAGUUCAAGAGGAGGAGGAGGAGAAGGUCAAAGCGAAAAGAGAAGAUGAACAUGUUGUCUGCACUGAUCGCCCCCUUCAAGUACAUGAGCCCAGCAGCCAAUAGCACAGAAGACGAGGACACAUCGAGUACCAGCAGUGCUGAAGUCAAGGAGAACCGAAACACAGGAAAUCUCGAAGAUUGUGCCAUUGUACCGUCAGACUGCCAAACACUCUUCCUGUCUGAUUCGCCCAGGGACAGGGCGUCUGGCCUCAAGCGAAAGCGCCCAUUAGAGGAGGACAAUAACGGACACUUGUGCAAAUUGCGGCUGUGCUGCAAGAAACUUACCUGGUCCGAUGCACCAAAGAACGCUCUGGUUCAGUUGAAUGAGCUUAGACCGGGCCUGCAGUACCGGAUGGUCUCACAGACAGGACCAGUACAUGCACCACUAUUCUCCAUUGCUGUAGAGGUCAACGGAUUCACGUUUGAGGGUACCGGGCCUACCAAAAAGAAGGCUAAGAUGAAAGCGGCAGAGAUGGCCCUCAAAUCCUUUAUCCAGUUUCCCAACGCCUCACAAGCUCACUUGGCCAUGGGCAGCUUGAGCAACCCUGUCACCGAUUUCACCUCGGAUCAGGCCGAUUUCCCGGAUACACUAUUCAAAGGCUUUGAGCCUGACGGCUGCCGCUCUGCAGAGAGCCAGCUGCUAUCAAGCGCGCUCCGUCUACGCCACACCUUGGACUUGAUGGUUGUACAAGCCAGACAAGGAGAUCCCUGCCUACCCCCACCUCCCGCUCCAACUAUGCCGCCCCAACCCAGCCCUGUUGUCUUGCUCAAUGACCUGCGGCCCGGCCUGCGAUACGCCUGCCUGUCAGAACGUGCCCAGGGCAAGCAGGCGCGACACAGCUUUGUCAUGGCUGUGCGAGUGGAUGGAAGGAUAUUCGAAGGCUCGGGUCGCAGCAAGAAGCAGGCAAAGAGGCAAGCAGCUUUGUCCGCCCUGCAGGCGCUCUUCAACAUCAGACUGGCACCUGAAGUGAGAGCAGGACACCGGCCCAGCAGGAUAAAGUGCCCUCAUUUGCCCCAGGAGUUUGCAGAUGAGAUAUUCAACCUGGUGCGAGAGAAAUACACAGAGCUGGCUGGCUGCUCCUCGUUGCUACACGCGCGUCACAAAGGCCUGGCAGGCAUCGUCAUGACCAGAGGUCUGGAUCUGAGACAGGCUCAAGUGGUGGCGCUAUCUACCGGCACUAAAUGCAUUAAUGGAGAGUAUAUGAGCGACCAGGGACUGGUGGUAAAUGACUGUCAUGCAGAAAUCACGACCAGACGAGCACUGCUACGGUUCCUGUACUCUCAGCUAGAGUUACACCUCAGCAAGAGAAAAGAGGACUGGGAGCAAUCGAUCUUCGUACAGCACAAAGACUCCUGUUUGAGACUGAGAGAAAACAUCCUUUUCCACAUGUACAUCAGCACAUCACCCUGCGGGGACGCCCGUGUGAACUCACCCUACGAAAUCACAUCUGAUUGGCAAAGUAACAGACACUUCGUUAAGAAGUUUCACAGUCACCUACGAACAAAGAUUGAAUCAGGGGAGGGAACGUUGCCCGUGAAGACCACAGGUCCCGUCCAGACAUGGGAUGGAGUUCUUCAGGGAGAACAGCUCAUCACCAUGUCUUGCACCGACAAGAUUUCUAGGUGGAAUGUGCUCGGCCUCCAGGGGGCACUGCUCAGUCACUUUGUGGAGCCAGUGUAUCUGUACAGUCUGUCGGUGGGAAGCCUGAGACACACGGGUCACUUCUCCAGGAUGAUGAACCACAGGCAGGAGAGAGUUGGUCCUCUGCCCACCUGCUACCGCCACAACCAGCCUUUACUCAGCGGUCUGAGCAGCGGUGACUGCAGGCAGCAGGGGAAGUCUGUUUGUUUGAGUGUGAAUUGGACCGCAGGCGACACCCAAUUGGAGGUGCUCAAUGCAUCUACUGGAAAAAGGUGGGACUCCGGGGCUCUGUCCAGACUUUGCAAGCUUGCACUUUUUGCACGGUGGAUCAGACUCUACCGCAAGCUGGUGGUCCAUGGCACAAGUCAGAGUGGUACGUCGCUAUUGUACUGUGAAGCGAAGCAGGCCGCUGGUACCUACCAGACUGUGAAGCUGCAGUGGUUGAAGGGUCUUCAGGAAGCGGGUUUAGGGACCUGGGUCCGGAAACCUCCUGAGCAGGAAAACUUUGCUGUUACUGUAUGA